GUGCUUGUCAGAUGACAGGUCAUGUGAUCUGAUGCUGACAAAGUCAGUACAUGCACUGGCAAAAUAUCAGAAAGACCUUUAUCAUUUCUGUGGAAGGAUUAAAGCAAAUUCUAAAAAAAAAGUUUGCAGCCAACAUGCAGAAUGUUAUCAAUUCCGUGAAAGGCACAGCACUGGGGGUGGCUGAGUUCCUUACACCCGUGUUAAAGGAAUCCAAAUUUAAAGAAACUGGCGUCAUUACUCCAGAGGAGUUUGUGGCUGCAGGCGAUCACUUGGUCCACCACUGCCCGACAUGGAAAUGGGCGUCAGGAGAGGAAACAAAAGUGAAGCCGUACUUGCCCAAGGACAAGCAGUUCUUAUUAACUCGUAAUGUGCCAUGCUAUAAACGCUGUAAGCAAAUGGAAUACUCUGAUGAACUGGAAAUGAUCAUAGAGGAGGACGAUGGCGAUGGAGGAUGGGUGGACACCUACCACAAUGCAGGUGUGAUGGGAGUAACAGAAGCUGUUCGGGAAAUCGCCCUUGAUAAUAAAGACAGCAUGAACAUGAAUGUGAAAGCUGGUGGUUGUGGAAAAGAUGGUGGGGAUGAUGAAGACGAGGAGGAGGAAGGGGAAGCUGCAGACAUGGAAGAAUAUGAAGAGAGUGGGCUUUUAGAGAACGACGAGGCUACUCUUGACACAAGGAAAAUGGUAGAGGCCAACAAAUUAAAAAUGGAGGCAAGCGGAGAAGAUGCCAUUUUGCAAACCCGGACUUAUGACCUCUACAUCACAUACGACAAAUACUAUCAGACCCCCAGAUUGUGGCUAUUUGGAUACGAUGAGGACCGACAGCCACUUACAGUGGACCAGAUGUAUGAGGAUAUUAGCCAGGACCAUGUGAAGAAAACCGUCACCAUUGAAAACCACCCUAAUCUUCCACCUCCAGCCAUGUGCUCCGUGCACCCAUGCAGACAUGCUGAGGUGAUGAAAAAGAUCAUUGAGACAGUGGCAGAAGGAGGUGGAGAGCUCGGAGUUCACAUGUAUCUCUUGAUCUUCCUGAAAUUUGUCCAAGCCGUCAUUCCCACCAUAGAGUAUGACUACACAAGACACUUCACCAUGUAAAUCCAAGCUGAACUUCAUUUGCUCUGAAUGAUUUGGCUGUGUUCUUCUGGCAAGCUCUAACUAUGGCUAGAGACUGAACUGGAAUGAACAGUACAAUGAAAGAUGUUCAUGGGCAUCUUUGCAUGUGUGAAUCUGAAGUGCUGAUUGAUGAUUUGCUGCUCAUCUACUAAAAAAACAUCUGUACCAACAGUUCAAGCACUA